AUGGACACCGAAAAAAUGUGUAAGUUAUUUCUCGAAGGUGAUAGUUAUUUUAAUGAUGAAAAUGUCGAUACGGAGAAAAUUAACGAAAAACUAACCAUCAAAGGAUAUUGUCGUGAUAAUAGUUGUAAAACAAAUGGAGAAAGUAUUAAUGCUUUGGCCGCAUAUAUAUACAUGAAAUUCAAAGAUUCAAUAUCAAGAAAAGAAAGCCAUAAUGAUUAUGAUGAAUAUUUAUUGAUGUGGAUAAGUGAUAAAUUAUUUAAGAUACACAUCGAAAGCAUAGGCAAAAAGAAUAUAAAAGGCUAUAUUGAUGCUUUUACUUUAAAGAAGGCUUAUGAAGAGUAUUUAGAGAAACAUAAACAAGUAUUGGAUUAUUGGGAGCUUUUAAAUAUGAUGCAGGGUUUGAAAGAAGCUAAUCUUAAGUAUAUGAUCGAAUUUUAUAAAUUACUUAAUAAUAUAUGUAUAACAAUUGCAUAUUAUAAUGAUAAAGGUGCCAAAAGUAGUCAACUUUCUAAAUAUUCUAAAAAUUGCCUUACUCAAUAUAGAACCCUUUAUAAGAACAUUUCUGAAUGCAAUUCAUAUCUUGAUUUAUUGAAUAAAUUAAAAGGUGUAUAUGAUGAUUUUAGAGAUUCUGCUAUUACGAAAACUGAUUCAGAAAAUAAAUUAGCAACUAAUCUUCAAACACUCACAACAGAAGAUGGAAAAGAGAUGGGGGCGGUGAGAGGUUUUAAAACAUAUAACUUUAGUGAUUCAAAAUGUAAAGUCAAAAAAAAAUCGGCCUCACCACCAUUACAACCUACAAAACUAGAAUCAACCUCAUCUUCACUACCAUUGACACCAUCGCCAGAGAUGCAAAAACAAGAUUCACCACCUCCAUCACAAUCGCCAGAACAACCAAAAGAUCAUUCGAGUGAGCAAAAAGAUUCAGGUAGUGACACAGAAAAUCAAAAGGAUUCUCAAAGUGAUUCAAAGGACCAUGAACAAACUAUGGUUACCGAUAAAAAAGGUUCUGAUGAUGGGGUAGUUGGUGGAUCAGAAGAUUCAAAUGGUGGACAAAAUGCCAUAAAUAUUGUUCCAGAAGCAUCAUCUUUGGGAAUUUUAAAUGCUGCAACAUAUUUAGUUAAUGCUACCCCUUCAUUUGAAACGAUUAAUAAAAGAAUUACAGAGACCACAGACACUAUUAAGAAUUUUUAUAGUACAGCUUUGAGUAAUUUAGAAACUACCUACGGUAAAUAUAUUAGUGUUUUAAAAGAGAUGAUUGACAAUAUAAGUACCGAUUCUAAAGAAGUAGAGCCCCCUGCUGAAUCAGGCGGAGGAGGGGAUGGCGCAUCACAACCCCAAAAAAAUUCAGAACAAACUUCAUCAGAAACUUCACCAAGUUCUACAGAUCAAACUCAAGAACAUCAAUCGUCUCAGGAACCUUCUGAAAACCAAAAUUCUGAUAAAAGCGAUCAAGAAUCUGAAAAACCGGUGGAAGUCCCAGUGGUUAAAUCAGAAAAUCCAGGAACCGAAACAAAAGGAAAUGGAACAAUAGGAAUAGGUGAUAUAUUUAUAUUCAAAGAAUUCAAAAAAAUUGGAAUUCCAAUUAUAGUUAUUAUAAUAUCCAUUACUUUAGCUAUUAUGUACAAGUUUUUGGUAUUUGAACGGAGAAAGAAAUUAAAAAGAAAAAAAAUGAAAAAAUCUACAAAUUUGUUUGGUGUAAAUAAAACGACAUGA